AUGGGUCUACCGAUCACCGUCUCAACAUGCUCGCUCAACCAAUGGGCGCUCGACUUUGACGGCAACCGCGACCGCAUUCUCGAGUCCAUUCGCCUCGCCAAAUCCGCCGGCUCGCGUCUCCGUGUCGGUCCAGAACUCGAGAUCCCCGGCUAUGGCUGCUUCGACCACUUCCUCGAGCCGGACACGGUGCUUCACUCGUGGCAGGUGCUCGCCGAGAUCCUCUCCUCCGAUGCCACGCACGGCAUUCUCUGCGAUGUCGGCAUGCCAGUCCUUCACCGAUCCACACUCUACAACUGCAGACUGCUGCUGCUGGACGGAAAGAUCCUGCACAUUCGACCCAAGAUGUGGCUUGCCAACGACGGAAACUAUCGCGAGAUGCGCUACUUCACGCCUUGGACGCGCACGAAUCACACGGACAGCUUCACGCUCCCUCGCAUCGUCUCUUCCAUCACGGGGCAGGAUGAGGUGCCGUUCGGAGACGCGGUGGUCAAGACGAAAGAUACCGUUCUGGGCGUCGAACUGUGCGAGGAGCUGUUCACGCCAAACUCACCGCAUAUCCGACAGGGUCUCGACGGCGUAGAGAUCUUCACCAACUCGUCGGCUUCGCAUCACGAGCUGAGGAAGCUCUACAGGAGAGUGGAACUCGUCAAGGAAGCGACGCUCAAGCUGGGCGGCAUCUAUCUCUAUGCGAACCAGCAGGGUUGUGAUGGUGACCGGCUGUACUACGACGGAUGCCCACUGAUCGCUGUCAACGGCAGCAUUGUUGCCCAAGGAUCGCAAUUCUCGCUGGACGACGUGCAGGUCAUCUCGGCCACCGUAGAUCUCGACGACGUUCGUGCUCAUCGCAGCGCCAAGAGCAGAGGCAUGCAAGCGGUCAGCGACAGCAGCGGUCAAGGCUGUCCUCGCAUCAAUGUCGACUUUGAAGUGGGCGAGUCGGAGGAGUAUGGAUCCAAGACACCUGGCACUGCUACGCCGGUCACCAACGGCGGCAAACAGAACGACGACGCAGCCCGACUCUACCGACGAUACUUUACAGCGCUCAGCAGCCCUAUCGAGGUGCACUACCAUUCGCCCGAGGAGGAGAUCGCCCUCGGUCCCGCGUGCUGGCUAUGGGACUAUCUGCGUCGAUCGCGGACCCAGGGCUACUUUGUGCCGCUCUCCGGAGGUAUCGACUCGUGUGCCACGGCGACGAUCGUUUUCAGCAUGUGCCGGCUUGUUUUGGCUGCCAUCGCACCUGCAAACACGUCCACCGCGACAGGGCGCAAAGCGACUUCCUCUCUCACCACGGAUACCCGUUCUCAGGUGCUCGCUGACGUCCGACGUAUCUGCAACGAAAAGGAGGGCUCCACGUGGACCCCUGCGACACCGCAAGAGCUGUGCAACCGCAUCUUCGUCACCUGCUAUAUGGGCACCGAGAACUCGUCUGCGGAGACCCGCCAACGCGCCGCCGACCUCGCCAAGGACAUUGGUGCAUACCACAUCGAUCUCAAUAUGGACCUCAUCAUCCGCUCCAUCAUCACGCUUUUCUCGACCGUCACGGGUGCUACUCCCCGGUUCCGCGUGCACGGAGGUACGGGAGCGGAAAACCUGGCGUUGCAGAACAUCCAAGCGCGUCUCCGGAUGUUGUUGGCGUACAUGUUUGCGCAGUUGACGCCGUGGGUGCGGGGUACGUGGGGUGGUCUUCUCGUGCUUGGCUCUGCCAACGUCGACGAAUCCCUCCGUGGCUACCUCACGAAAUACGACUGUUCUUCGGCGGACAUCAAUCCGAUCGGAGGCAUCUCCAAGACGGAUCUGAAAUCCUUCAUCGCUUACGCACGCGAUGCAUUCUCCCUCCCCAUCCUCCAUUCCUUCCUCACCGCCGUGCCCACCGCCGAACUCGAACCGAUCACCUCGACCUACGUCCAAGCCGACGAAGCGGAUAUGGGAAUGACCUACGACGAACUCUCCAUCUUUGGCCGUCUACGCAAGAACCUCAAAUGUGGACCUUAUGGGAUGUUCAACAAGCUUUUGCCUGAAUGGGGGCAUUUGGGACCAGAGAAAGUCGCGGAGAAGGUCAAGCUGUUCUGGUUCGAAUACGCGAGGAACAGGCACAAGAUGACGACGCUCACGCCGAGUUAUCACGCCGAGGGGUAUAGUCCGGAUGAUAACCGGUUUGAUUUGAGACCGUUUUUGUAUCCCAGCAGGUUCCCGUUUCAGUUUCGGAAGAUCGAUGAGCUGGUGGGACGGUUGAAGGGGGUUGAGCGGGUGGGUGGCGAGGAAUCGGGGAGGAAGGAGGAUUGA